AACCGUUAUGGGCAGAGGCUCUGUUUCCGGGCGUGAUUACGUCACUCAACCACCGUGAAGAUUCUAGUUAGUUUAGCCAACUCAACACUUACCACCCGGCGACUCCCGGACCCAAACCCGGAUAAGAAGUGGGCCAACAAUUCACUCGGUCAAGCGUGAGGUGUGUGACACUAACAACUUCAGAGAUUCAGCACUGAAACACUGUGUUAACUGAGACCUGUGGCAAUGGAAUCUCUAUCGCCAGCAAAAUCGCGACAAGCUUUUCAAGUUCAGAAUCAGCAGAUGCCUUGGAGCAGGAUGUUGCUGGGAUCACUGAUUGUCUUCAGUUGUCUGGUAACUUCUGUGUCCUCUGAUGAGGAUUACUAUAAGUUAUUGAAGGUGUCCAGAGAAGCAACAACCAGAGAGAUACGACAAGCCUUCAAAAAGCUAGCUCUGAUCAUGCACCCGGAUAAAAACCCACAUGAUGAAACUGCCCAUGACAAGUUCCUGAAGGUAACCCGAGCCUAUGAAGUUCUGAAGGAUGACGAUCUGAGGAAGAAGUAUGACAAGUAUGGAGAGAAGGGUCUGCAGGAUGAGCAGCAGGGAGGAGGGCGAUAUGAGAGCUGGAACUACUAUAGAAAUGAAUUUGGUAUCUACGAUGAUGACCUAGAGAUUGUCACUUUAGAUAGGGGAGACUUCGAUGCAGCAGUGAACUCCGGGGAACUAUGGUUUGUCAACUUCUACUUCCCUCGUUGCCAUCAUUGUCACGAGCUGGCUCCCACGUGGAGGGAGUUUGCCAAGGAGAUGGAUGGAGUGAUCAGGAUAGGAGCAGUGAACUGUGGAGACAACAACAGACUGUGUCGCAGCAAAGGCAUCAACAGCUACCCCAGCCUCUACAUUUACAAAGCUGGAAUGAAUCCAGAGAAAUACUUUGGAGAUAGGGCCAAGGAGAGUUUGACUAAGUUUGGCAUGCAAUUUGUGAAGAGCAGAGUUACAGAGCUGUGGCAAGGCAAUGUCUUCACUGAGAUUGAGGCAGCAUUUUCAUCUGGAGUUGGAUGGCUGAUCACCUUCUGUGCUGACUCUGGAGACUGUCUAGAGUCACAGACGAGGCAAAAAUUAUCAGGAAUGUUGGAAGGUCUAGUGAACGUGGGCUGGAUGGACUGCUCAACACAGGCUGAGUUGUGUGACAGCUUUGAGGUGACCACCAGCACCACAGCCUUCUUCCCCCCCGGCAGUUCACUGAAGAACAAGGGCAGCGUGCUGUUCCUGCAGAGUUUGGAUACCAGAGAGAUCUAUGGAGAGGUGAUGCAGCAUCUGCCUGACCUGGAGGCUCUUACUAAGGAAACCUUCCAGAGUAAACUGGCCCAUCAUCGGUGGCUGGUCAGUUUUUCUUUCGGACAGAAGACCAUGGCAUCUCAUGAGUAUAAGAAGCUCAAGGCUCUUCUGAAGGCAGCCCACAUACAGGUGGGAAAGGUGGACUGCCUUACUGACUCAGAACUAUGUGUCUCAUUCUACAUUCAAAAGCCCUGUAUCGCUGUCUUCAAAGGCCUUGGGAUUCAUGACUUUGAGAUCCACCAUGGGAAGGAUGUGCUGUAUAACAUCAUAGCAUUUGCUAAGGAGAGUGUCAGCGCCCAUGUCACCACUCUGAGACCAGAGAACUUCCCCAGUGAUGGAAAGGAGCCCUGGCUAGUUGACUUCUUUGCUCCUUGGUGUCCGCCCUGUCGUGCUCUCCUCCCUGAGCUGAGGAAAGCCUCGAUCCAGCUGUUUGGUCAGAUGAAGUUUGGAACGCUGGACUGCACCGUGCACGAAAGACUCUGCAGCACGUAUAAUAUCCAUGCCUACCCGACCACGGUAAUCUUUAACAAGUCCUCCAUCCAUGAGUACGAGGGACAUCACUCUGCUGACGGAAUCCUGGAGUUCAUACAGGACUUGGUCGACCCCACUGUGGUGACCAUGGACCCAGACAGCUUUGCAGAGCUAGUGAAGAGGAGAAAACACAGCGAGACCUGGAUGGUGGACUUCUAUGCCCCGUGGUGUGGGCCCUGUCAGGCCCUGCUGCCCGAGUGGAGGAGGAUGGCACGGGCGGUGAAUGGUAUGAUAAAGGUGGGGACGGUAGACUGUCAGAAACACCACUCCUUCUGCCAAGGAGAGAGUGUCAGAGCCUACCCUGAGAUACGCCUCUACCCUCAGAACGCCAACCGACGAGACCUAUACCAGAGUUACAACGGCUGGCACAGAGAUGCUCACUCUCUCAAAGUCUGGGCUGUGGGUACUCUCCCAAGAGCAUCAGUGGAUCUGACUCCAGAUGACUUCAGGAACAAGGUAAUAGGAGGGAAGGAUCACUGGGUGGUGGACUUCUAUGCUCCGUGGUGUGGACCAUGUCAGCACUUUGCCCCAGAGUUCGAGGUCCUCGCUCGGAUGGUGAAAGGGAGUGUGAGGGCAGGGAAAGUAGACUGUCAGGCCCACUACCAGACCUGUCAGUCAGCUGGCAUCACAGCCUAUCCCAGCGUCCGAUUCUACCCAUACCUGGGCACCAAGAAGCGCGACCAGGGAGGGGAGCACGUCAACAGCCGGGAUGCUAACAACAUUGCAGACGUCCUCCACCAGAGGCUCCAGCAGUUAUCUCCAUGGUUACAGGGCAAGGCGGACAACUUCAAGGAUGAAUUGUGAGUUCAAGGGGGUCGAUUCCACUGAGAUGGUUUUCCUUAUGGAAACAUAAAGGAUGGACACACGCACACACACACACUUAACAAACAAAAAGACUCUGAGAAGAGAUUCGUUUCUGCAUGGAGGAUUACUGCCAAGGAAAGAAGACGUUAUUGAAAGGUUACCUCAGUGUUGUCGUACUGUCAAAACAAACCUGUUUCUCAACUGAUUCAACGAUAAGGAAAGACUGACUCGCUGUCUUAGGUUUUAUUAGUUCUAUAGGUGAAGUGUGUCCAUAUGGUAGGUGUCGACCUGCCUGAUAUCUGAAUGUACUGUCUGAUGUAGGUUGGGGACAAGAUAUUUUAUGCCUAUAUUUAUGAUACAAAAUGGCAGUUUCAGUUUAUAAUGCGCCUGCCAAUGUCAAUGCUUCUUGUUGAUUCAACUUGAACCAUUUGAGUGUAGUGAACAGUGUUUUAUUCAUUCUGUGAAGUGACCACACUGUACUGGCUGUGUUGGUUGUAUUAUUAUGAUGAUACCAAUCUAUUUGUUUGUCUGCUGAUAGCAGGGUUCAGUAUGCAACCUCCGUAUACAGUAAAAUACACAAACACAGUUUAGAAAAGACAUCCUGUACACUGAAAACAAUUAACAGAACAUAUGUUACCAAUUAACGCCACAUCAUUCAUUGAUAUGUUACUGUUUGCCAUCACUGAAAUGUGAAUGGAAAUGGUUUGAUUAGUUGUGGGAUGAUGCAGUCUUGCAAAAGUUUUCUGUCAUACCAGAAAUGUGGGAAAUCUAGCACGGUUUUAUAUAAUGUCUUUGUAAUCUGGUAUUUUCAACUUAAAAUACAAUACUAUCUUUGGAUGAUGUUUGAUAGUAACUUAUGUGGGAACUUGUAGUCUUGAAAAUGAAAACUACAAUGCUGAAUAGUGUCCCUUUAAGACACUCCACAGGGGUAUCCUUCUUUUCCUUUCAAGUGGUUUUGCACGGACUCUUGUAUUGAGCAAAUAUCAUGUUUUAAAAAAUCUAUAUACAGUGUAUUCGGGAGGUAUUCAGACCCCUUUUUCCAAUUUUUGUUGUUACAGCCUAAUUCUAUGUUGUUUUUCCUUAUCAAUCUACACAAAAUACCACAUAAUGACAGCAAAAACAGGUUUUCAGAAAUGUGUGAGGUCCUGAGUGCUCUGGAGCAGGUGUUCAUCAAGGAGUGUAACAGUAUAAUUUUAAACCGUCCCCUCGCCCAUACCCGGGCGCGAACCAAGGACCUUCUGCACACAACGACAACAGUCACCCUCGAAGCAUCGUUACCCAUCGCUCCACAAAAGCCGCGGCCCUUGCAGAGCAAGGGGAACUACUACUUCAAGGUCUCAGAGCAAGUGACGUAACCGAUUGAAACGCUAUUUAGCGCACACCGCUAACUAAGCUAGCCGUUUCACAUCCGUUACAGGAGCUCUCUGUACUUUGCUUCAUUCGUCUUUCCCUCAAUCCUGACUAGUCUCAGUCCCUGCCGCUAAAAACAUCUCCACAGCAUGAUUCUGCCACCACCAUGCUUCACUGUAGGGAUGGUGCCACGUUUCCUCCAGACACUUGGCAUUCAGGCCAAAGAGAUCGAUCUUGGUUUCAUCAGACCAGAGAAUCUUGUUUUCCUAUGGUCAGAGUCCUUUAGGUGCCUUUUGGCAAACUCCAAGUUUGCUGUCGUACCUAUUACUGAGGAGUUGCUUCUGUCUGGCCACUCUACCAUAAAUAACUGAUUGGUGGAAUGCUGCAGAGAUGGUUGUCCUUCUGGAAAGUUCUCCCGUCUUCACAGAGGGGCUCUGUCGGAGUGACCAUCAGAUUCUUGGUCACCUCCCUGACCAAGGCCCUUCCCCUCCGAUUACUCAGUUUGGCCGGGCUGCCAGCUCUAGGAAGAGUCUUGGUGGUUCCAAACUUCUUCCAUGUUAAGAAUGAUAAGGCCACAGUGUUCUUGGGGACCUUCAAUGCUGCAGAAAUUUUUUGGUACCCUUCCCCAGAUCUGUGCCUCUGCACAAGCUUGUCUCGGGGCUCUACGAACAAUUCCUUCGGCCUCAUGUCUUGGUUUUUGCUCUGACAUGCACUGUCAACUGUGGGACCUUUUUAUAUAGACAGAUGUGUGCCUUUCCAAAUCAUGUCCAAUCAGUGCAAUUAACCACAGGUGGACUCCAGUGAAGUUGUAGAAAACAUCUCAUGGGUGAUCAAUGUAAACAGGAUGCACCUGAGCUCAAUUUCGAGUCUCAUAACAAAUGGUCUGAAUACUUAUUUACAUAAGGUAUUUCUGUUUUUAUUUUACAUUUUUAAUACAUUUGCAAAAAAAUGUCAAGCUGUUUUUGUUUUCUCAUUAUGGGGUAUUGUGUGUAGAUUUGAGGGAAAUAAUGUAUUUAAUCCGUUUUUAGCAUAAGGCUGUAACGUAACAAUGUGGAAAAAGGGAAGGGGUCUGAGUACUUUCCAAAUGCACUGCAUAUUUAAAUGCCAUUUAACUAUAUCAGUUCUAAAAAUAUCCACUAGAUGGCAACAGAACAAUGUAUUGGUCUUCUCAUGUUUAGCUCAGAUUACAUUUUAUUUUAUUUGUCACUUGCACCGAAUACAACCAUUGUAGACUUUACCGUGAAAUACUUACUUAUGAGCCCUUUCCAAACAAUGCAGAGUUAACAUUUAAGAAAAACUUGCUAAUAAAAUGUUUCUACAGUU